AACACCACAAUAUAUCAGCCGGGCACUAGCGAUCCAAGCCCUACGGAACAUUCCAGAACACCUUCUGCUCGAAUCAUCAGAACUUUCUCGUCCUCAACUUGCUUUCCUAUAAUACCUUUCUCUUUGCUUCUGCUCCCAAUUCUCAGUUUCUUUUAAAUCCCUCAAAACCUACUCUUUUGCGACUUUUCCCCUACCUGCAGCGUUUGCGUCAAUGGCCGAAGAAGCCAAAGCCAAAGGCAACGCUGCAUUCUCAGCCGGUGAUUAUGCCGGCGCUGUAAGGCACUUCACUGAAGCAAUCUCUCUCGCUCCCUCCAACCACGUGCUCUAUUCUAAUCGAUCCGCGGCUCACGCCUCGCUACAAAACUAUGCUGACGCCCUAGCCGAUGCGAAGAAGACCGUUGAGCUUAAGCCCGACUGGUCCAAAGGGUACUCCCGCCUUGGCGCGGCACAUUUGGGAUUAAACCAAAUUCAGGAUGCUAUCGCGGCGUAUAAGAAGGGACUCGAGAUUGAUCCCAACAAUGAAGCGCUGAAGUCAGGUUUAGCUGAUGCUCAGAGCGCGGCUUCAAGGUCGCGAGCGGUGCCGCCUCCCAGCCCGUUUGGGGAUGCCUUUUCUGGGCCGGAGAUGUGGGCGAAAUUGACGGCGGAUCCAACUACGAGGAUGUAUCUGCAACAACCGGAUUUUCUCAAAAUGAUGCAGGAGAUUCAAACAAAUCCUAGCAGUUUGAAUCUUUACUUGAAAGAUCAGAGAGUGAUGCAAGCCUUCGGUGUUUUGUUGAACGUGAAAUUCGGAGCACCUAAUGCUGGAGAAGAUAUGGAGGUGCCGGAAGCCGAUUCGCCUUCUCCUCAGCCGGAGAGAAAGCCAGAGCCGGCAAAGAAGGAGAAGGUUCCUGAGCCAGAGCCAAUGGAGGUCUCAGAAGAGGCGAAAGAAGCGAAGGAGAGGAAAGCUGAAGCGGUGAAAGAGAAGGAGUUGGGGAAUGCAGCUUAUAAGAAGAAGGAGUUCGAGACUGCAAUUGCGCAUUACACGAAGGCAAUGGAUCUUGAUGACGAGGACAUUUCAUAUUUGACCAAUCGUGCUGCUGUUUAUCUUGAGAUGGGCAAGUAUGAGGAAUGUAUAAAAGACUGUGACAAAGCUGUUGAGAGGGGCAGAGAACUUAGAUCAGACUUCAAGAUGAUAGCAAGAGCUUUGACAAGGAAGGGAACUGCCUUGGUGAAAAUGGCUAAAUGCUCAAAGGACUAUGAUCCUGCCAUUGAAACAUUCCAGAAAGCUCUUACUGAGCACCGAAAUCCAGACACAUUGAAGAAACUAAACGAUGCAGAGAGAGCAAAGAAGGAACUUGAGCAAAAAGAAUACUUUGAUCCAAAGUUGGCUGAUGAGGAGCGUGAGAAAGGCAAUGAAUAUUUCAAGCAACAAAAGUAUCCAGAGGCUGUGAAGCAUUAUACAGAAUCUUUGAGAAGGAACCCGAACGAUCCAAAGGCAUACAGUAAUAGAGCUGCAUGCUACACUAAAUUGGGGGCUUUACCUGAGGGAUUGAAGGAUGCAGAGAAGUGUAUUGAGCUUGAUCCAACCUUUUCAAAAGGUUACACAAGAAAAGGUGCUAUCCAAUUUUUCAUGAAAGAGUAUGAUAAGGCUUUGGAAACAUACCAGGCAGGUCUUAAACAUGAUCCUCAGAACCAGGAAUUGCUUGAUGGCGUGAGAAGAUGUGUGGAACAACUUAACAAGGCAAGCCGUGGUGAUAUAAGCCCCGAGGAAUUGAAAGAGAGACAGGCCAAGGCAAUGCAGGAUCCGGAGAUUCAGAAUAUUCUCUCAGAUCCUGUCAUGAGACAGGUGUUGGUGGACUUCCAAGAAAAUCCCAAGGCAGCUCAGGAGCACAUGAAGAACCCCAUGGUGAUGGACAAGAUUCAGAAGCUUGUCAAUGCAGGAAUUGUCCAGGUCAGAUAGAAGGUCAAUGCCAAAAACUGUCGUCCUGCUUUUUCAUCACUGAAUUGUAAUCUUCCGAGUGGUAGAUACUUGAUAAGAAACUAAUUCAAGUUGGAAAAUUUUAUGUAUUUAUUUUUGUUAAAAUAUUCACUUAAAGUGUGUUGCGAAUAUAAAUCCUGAAAUCUUUUAAGUUGAUCACUGCAACUAAUGUGACCCUCAGACACGCCACUUAUCCCCACCCAAUCCUGUUAUUCAAACUUCAAAUAUUUUUA